AUGGCGCGGCGUGGCAGCCUGCUCGCCGUCGCCGCGACGCUGCUCGUCGCCAUCGUUGCCGCGGCGGUGCCGCCGACGUGCGAGCGCAUCGAGUGCCCGGCGUACGAGGUGGUGGACAGCGCCAACGGGUUCGAGAUCCGGCGGUACACGGACGCCAUGUGGAUCACCACGGCGCCCAUCGAGGACAUCUCCUUCGUCGCCGCCACGCGCACCGGCUUCCUCCAGCUGUUCAACUACAUCCAGGGCAAAAACGCGUACAACGAGACGAUCGAGAUGACGGCGCCGGUGCUGACGCGGGUGUCGCCCAGUGACGGGCCCUUCUGCGCCUCCUCCUUCACCGUCAGCUUCUAUGUGCCGCCCAAGAACCAGGCGGACCCACCGCCAGCCGAGGGUCUGCGCGUGGAGCGCUGGGCUGGGACCAGGUACGCGGCCGUGCGCAGCUUCGGGGGCUUCGUGGCGGACGCCGACGUCGGGGAGCAGGCGGCGCGGCUCGACGCUAGCUUGCAGGGCACCAGGUGGGCUGCCGCCGUCAACGAUGCGCGCAGGGCCGACCCGGCCUCGCCCUACACCGUCGCGCAGUACAACUCGCCCUUCGAGUUCAGCGGCAGGGUCAACGAGAUUUGGAUGCUCUUCGACGAUGCCAAGGAGGCGGCCUCCGAUAUGUGA